AUGUUGGUUCACACAUAUUCCGCCAUGGACCGCUCCGACGGGCUGAACGGGAGCUCCCCCGGAGGCCGCCUCUCGCAGCUCUCGUCGCUCAACCAGGCGGCCGCGUACUCCUCGGCCCCGCCGCUCUGCCACACGCCGGCCUCGGACUUCCAGCCGCCCUACUUCCCGCCGCCGUACCCGCAGCCGCCGCUGCCCUACUCGCAGAGCCAGGACGCCGCCGGCUACCCGCACCUGGGCGACCCCUACUCCGCCAUCAACCCCAUCCACCAGCACCAGCAGGGCGGCUGGCACUCGCAGCGGGCGCGCCAGGAGGAGGCGGCCGGCCUCCUCUCGCAGACGCACCGCGCGCUCGGCCUCGACCCGCGCAGGGACUACCCCGGCGUGCCGCGCCUGCUGCACGGGCUGGCCGACGGAGCGCACGCCCUGGGCGACGGGCCGCUGGGGCUCCACGCCCUGGGCCACCACAGCAUCGAGGACAUCCAGGCAGUCGAUGAGAGUGGCUUGAAUCUCUUGGACCAGUCCGUCAUUAAGAAAGUGCCCAUCCCCUCAAAAGCGAAUGGCACCUCCCUCUCCUCCCUGACAAUGAAUAAGGACUCUCUGAUAGGAGGGGUGACAAACCCGAACGAAGUGUUCUGCUCCGUGCCAGGACGGCUGUCCCUGCUCAGCUCCACCUCGAAGUACAAAGUGACAGUUGGGGAAGUUCAGAGGCGACUUUCACCCCCCGAAUGCCUCAACGCGUCUCUUCUUGGGGGCGUCCUCCGGAGGGCAAAAUCUAAAAAUGGUGGAAGAUGUUUAAGGGAAAGGCUGGAGAAGAUAGGGUUAAAUUUACCUGCUGGGCGACGCAAGGCAGCUAAUGUCACCUUGCUAACAUCACUGGUGGAAGGGGAAGCUGUUCACCUCGCCCGAGACUUUGGUUACGUGUGUGAGACAGAAUUCCCAGCCAAGGCUGCAGCGGAAUACCUCUGCCGCCAGCACUCGGACCCUGGCGAACUCCAUGCUCGGAAAAACAUGCUACUGGCAACCAAGCAAAUCUGCAAAGAGUUUGCUGACUUGAUGGCCCAAGAUCGCUCUCCCCUUGGGAACAGCCGCCCAACACUCAUCCUGGAUCCCGGUGUCCAGAGUUGCUUGACCCACUUCAGCUUAAUAACUCAUGGCUUUGGGGGCCCCGCAAUCUGCGCUGCCCUCACAGCAUUCCAGAACUACUUGGUGGAGUCACUUAAAGGGCUUGAUAAAAUGUUCAUGAACAGCACGGGCAACGGGCACCCAGUUGGUGACUCCAAAACAGCAGAAAAGGAUGUGAAGCAUCGGAAAUGACCCGCCCAGUUCUCCAGCCUUCCCUAGCAGGAGGGUUCCCCCCCGGUUCCCAGUUCACGAGAUAGGAGGCCUGGUUUUACCUCCUUCAGGAAAAGAAAAACCAGUUGGAUCCCCCUCUCUCCCACCAUGUUUUUGAACUGUAACAGAUCUAUUUCUGAAAUGAAGUCAAUGAAAAGUGAAGAUUGGAGAGGACU